AUGGUUCCUGAGAUAAGGAGGCAGCUUGUGGCCACAGAGGAACUCACCGAAAACAUUGGGCUUCCCCUGGAACUGCUGGAAAAACCAGACCCCUGGCCGGCCUGUGUCACAUAUACCUCCCCGAUGGUGCAAAGACUCAUUGAGAAAAGCAAAGCUAGAGAACUGGAAUACACGCAGACUCUGGAGGAAAGCCGAUGGACUCACAGGCAGAGCAGGACACCCAGCAUCGUCCAGCUGAAAAGAAAAAUGUCAUCCAAGACUUCUGGCAAAAUGGUGUUCAAGGACAUGAAGUCCGAGACCAUGUUGUCGGUGUGGAGUGAUUUUACGGCAUCGGCUGCAGGUCCCACCAUCACCCCAGAGACCAUACCCUUUCACAUGGAUUCCAGAGAAAGUCCCACUGCAAACUUUAACAAGAUCAUCUUCUCUCGAAAACCUCUGAUGAGGAUGCUUCCAUCAGCUCACUUCUGGCCAUCAAGGAGAAACAUUUAAAUG